AUGCUUCUGAGAAAAUUAGAUGCUACUAAUGGACAUUGCAAUGGCACACAUUACAUCACUGCCAGUUUACAUGAGGCUGAGGUUGCUUCUGGUCCUUAUGCAGGAUCAACUCUGCUAAUCCAAAGAAUACCACAUGUAUUUCAAGGAAUGGAAUUUCCAUUUUCAUUUACAUGGAAACAAUUUCCUGUCAAGCCAGCUUUUGCCUUGACGUGCAACAAGGCACAAGGACAGACUUUUGAACAAAUUGGAAUAUAUCUUCCGACACAAUUCUUCUCACAUGGUCAGCUGUAUGUUGCAUUAUCUGGAGUUCAAAAGAAGGCUAAUGUAAAAAUAUUGGCUGAGAGAAAUGGAAACUGUAUGAUUGCUGACAAUUGUGUCUACGAGGAGAUACUACUUUAA